UCGCCCGACAAGCAAGCGCCCUCCUAUGAGGAAUUCAGAUGAAGGUACGCCAGUACCUAUGGCGCGCAUUGAGAAAGUGGCGGGAACGGCCGUCGCUAAGCUGCGUGAGGGGGCUAGGCUGGUUCAAACCCUUAAUUCCUUAUUCUUCGGGUUCCUUGGUUCACGGUACGGCAGGCUGCACGAGCUCGACUGGUCGUCGUUCUUAGGCAAUUUUGACCUCCAAUCUCAGUUUUGUUUCACUUGAUCUGAGGCACC